AUGAAGAAGUUCAUUAAUGUUCUCCCUACGAUAAACAGAAUUAUGCUUAAAAAACCCUAUCCAAAAGCCCUCAAGAAGGUAUUCCUUAAAACCGAUGCACAACUGAGCAAAGGGGAUUGCACUGCUAUCGCCAGUUUGAUCACUCGCGAGGGCGCACAAAUUACGUCGCUUACGCCGCCAAGUAUCGAUGCCGAAGAGGCUCCCAUCUCUGCGACGGGAGGAUAUAUUGAGAAUAACCGUGUUAAUAGCUAUGUCACGAGCUAUGGGCGACUUUGA